CAAAGGAGAGUGAAGGUGGGGGGAGGGUGGGUUCUGUACUGUCAUGGACUGUCCCCUCCACCCAACACACACUCUCUCUCUUUCUCACUCUAUCUCUAAGACUUAAACCCUGUUAAGUCCAAAAGCCACUACUACCACAUUGGCUUUUCUUGCCUUUUGUUUCUGUGCUGCUUCCUACACAAUUUGUCUAUGUCAGCUACUUCUGCUCCCUCGUCUCAGUACCUGCAAAUGGAUGUGGAAUCAUACUUUGAAUUUCUUGUUAUUAUUUGACACUCCCUUUUCUCUUUCUACUACCCCUUAUCCUUUUCUUCUCAUCUUUAAGCACUGUUGUCUGGUAUUGGUAUUGUAUUCUUCUCAACAUGACUUUCUUGUUCUUUUUUUCUCUUGUUCAUCAAGUUCCACUCUUCCCCAGUUUUAACUUUGUGGUUCCCCCCUCCAAAGAUGAAUUCUUUUUUUCAUGAUUUGACCUCAUUUCCAUGAUAUUAUAGUUUCCACUUUCUGGGGUUUCCUUUUUUUUUUUAAAAAAGUUGUGAAUUUUUCUGUUUUGGGGUGUUUUGGUUGCUUGUUCUUACUUCCAUUUGAGUCUCACAAUAAGAACCAACUACAUUAGGUGUUCAUGGAAAUUGAUCUGAACCAUGAAGUGACUGAGGUUGAGAAGAAUGCAAUCUGUGAUAGGGAAUGUGAGAAAGGUGCUUGUUGUUUGUCCUCUUCAACUUGUUCAUCUUCUAGUUCCUUUUCAGCUCGUGUAUCUUCUUCUUAUCUCGAGCUUUGGCAUGCUUGUGCUGGCCCCCUCACAUCACUCCCUAAGAAAGGAAAUGUGGUUGUCUAUUUUCCACAAGGUCACUUAGAACAAGUUGCUUCUUUCUCUCCUUUCACACCAAUGGAGAUGCCAACCUAUGAUCUUCAGCCACAGAUCUUUUGCAGGGUUGUCAAUGUUCAGCUACUUGCCAACAAGGACAAUGAUGAGGUUUAUACACAGGUUACUUUGCUUCCCCAGGCUGAGUUGGCAGAGAUGCAUUCUGAGGAAAAAGAACUUGAGGAAUUGGGAGCAGAUGAAGAGGGAAAUGGAGGAUUACCUACAAAAUCAACCCCUCACAUGUUCUGCAAAACACUAACUGCUUCUGAUACCAGCACUCAUGGGGGGUUCUCUGUUCCUCGUAGAGCUGCUGAAGACUGUUUUCCUCCUUUGGAUUAUAAGCAGCAGAGACCCUCUCAAGAGCUUAUUGCCCAAGACCUGCAUGGUGUGGAGUGGAAAUUUCGUCAUAUUUAUAGAGGUCAGCCUAGGCGGCAUCUACUCACUACUGGCUGGAGUAUUUUUGUAAGCCAAAAGAAUCUUGUUUCUGGUGAUGCUGUGCUCUUUCUAAGGGGUGAAAAUGGAGAACUGAGAUUGGGAAUCAGAAGAGCUGUUCGACCUAGAAAUGGUCUUCCUGAAUCAAUUGUUGGUCCCCAGAACUGUUAUCCCAGUUUCCUUUCUUCUGUGGCAAAUGCUAUAUCCACCAAAAGCAUGUUUCAUGUUUUCUACAGUCCAAGAGCAAGUCAUGCAGAUUUUGUUGUUCCCUACCAAAAAUAUGUCAAAAGCAUCAAGAAUCCAGUGACCAUUGGGACAAGAUUCAAAAUGAGAUUUGAAAUGGAUGAAUCUCCAGAAAGAAGGUGUAGUGGUGGUAUGGUGACUGGAAUGAGUGAUUUGGAUCCCUAUAGAUGGCCUAAAUCAAAAUGGAGGUGCUUGAUGGUCAGAUGGGAUGAGGAUACUGAGACUAAUCAUCAAGAUCGAGUAUCUCCAUGGGAGAUAGAUCCUUCUGCUUCUCUUCCUUCCUUGAGCAUUCAGUCUUCCCCAAGACUGAAGAAACUGCGGACAGGUCUGCAGGUUGCCUCACCUAGUCACCUCAUCACUGGUAUGAGAGGCAGUGGAUUGGUGGACUUUGAGGAGUCUGUAAGAUCACACAAGGUCUUGCAAGGUCAAGAAAAUGCAGGUUUUGUGUCACUCUACUAUGGAUGCGACACAGUAACCAACCGGCCAGGUUUUGAGAUGAGCUCUCAAAGUCAUCCAAAUCUUGCAUCAACUGGAGUAAGAAAGGUUAACUCUGCUGAGCAUAUGAGUGUUCACCCUUUCAGUUAUGCAGGCUUUAUGGAAACUAAUACGUUCCCAAGGGUCUUGCAAGGUCAAGAAAUAUGUCCAUUGAAAUCCCUGACAGGAAAGGUUGAUUUGAACCUUGCUGUUUGGGGAAAACCCAAUGUAAGUUGCACAACUUUCAACCUCCAUCAGGAAACCAAACCCAACUUUCAAUCUGCAUAUUUUCCUUAUGGGGAUAUUCACAAAGCCGGUCAAGCUAGCAUGUUUUGCUCCAAACCCACCAGUUUCCAGAGAGAGAAUGUCCCAUUUAACACGCCAUCCACUCAGACAAGGAUCAUUAGAAAUGAAGUUGGUGGAUCAAAUCUCCCAAAUGAGCAUAAGCAGCAGGACAGUGUUUCUGCUUCUGCUUCAUUAGGGGCUGCAAAUAUGAGGAUUUCAGAUGACAACAAUGUCAAGGGAAAGGUAAAUGCAUGCAAACUAUUCGGGUUUCCUUUGUUUGGGGAAACUACCAUCCAAAAUAUACAGAACCCUGCUAAAAGGAGUUGCACAAAGGUUCACAAGCAAGGUAGCUUAGUUGGAAGAGCCAUUGAUCUCUCAAGAUUGAGUGGCUACAAUGACCUUCUGAAUGAACUAGAGAGACUAUUUGGCAUGGAAGGCCUUCUAAGUGAUUCUAAGCAGGGAUGGAGGAUCUUGUACACGGACAGCGAGAAUGACAUAAUGGUUGUGGGGGAUGAUCCAUGGCAUGAGUUUUGCAACGUGGUGUCCAAGAUCCAUAUAUAUACCCAAGAAGAAGUGGAGAAGAUGACAAUUGGGAUGAUCAGUGAUGAUACUUAUAGCUGUUUGGAACAGACACCAGUGGUUAUGGAGGCUUCAAAGUCUUCCUCAGUGGGCCAGCCAGAUUGUUCUCCAACUGUAGUUAGAGUCUAAGUUUCAGGGUUGUCUUAAGUAUUAUGUUGGCCCUGUCUCUGUUUAAAUUUAGUUAUCUGCAUAUGUUUUGAUGCCAUGUUUGAUUACUACCCUUUGUGCUCCUAAGCCCAGCUUUGCAUGGUCAGUGCAAGAAAAGACUGACAAUUAAUUGCACUAAACUAGAUAAAUAAGGGCUAGUCUUUGCAUUAUGUAACAAGCCAUUACCGCUUAAGAAUUACAUACACUGGAAUAAUGGUGAUAGUGAUGGUUUCAAAA